AUGGCGAUUCAAUCCUCCUACCCACCCCCCCAAUCCAAUCUCGACCUCAAUAAUCCGCAAUAUCGGGCCAACCGGGAAACAUGGAAGACCGUCCUAGACAGGUUUGAAGAGGCUUUGGAGCAGGUUUUUGCAGAGGGCAACAGUGCCUCUCUGGCACGACAUCAAAAACGGGGCCAGUUACUACUCCUCAAAACGAACCGGAUCAUGGAGAUCGCCUUUCAGAAUGAUUUGCCACUGAUCUCACUGGUACAAUCAGCCGGUGUCUUCCUCCCGCAACAAUUCCGAGUCUUCCACAAAGGAGGCCAACUAUUCCGGGAUCUCGCCGUGCGGACACAACAUGGCAAGCCCUCCUGCGCCCUCGUCUUUGGCUCCUCGACUGCUGGAGGAGCCUAUCACCCCGCGCUCUCCGAUUACACGAUCUUCGUCGAAAACCAGGGGCAGGCGUUUCUGGCGGGACCGCCGCUGGUGAAGAUGGCGACCGGGGAGGUGAUCGAAGCGGAGGAGCUGGGCGGGGCGAGAGUACAUGCCACGAAGACUGGACUUGCGGAUCAGAUCGCGACAGAUGAGCUGGACGCAAUCCGCAAGGCCCGAGAGUGGGUAGCUACCCUGCACAGCCCAUCAACCACGACACUCGUCGACACCAUCGAGCCCUUACCCCCAAGAUACCCCGUCGACGAGCUUCUGAGUCUGGUUAACCCCGAUAUCCGAAAGCCCUUUGACAUGCGCGAGGUUCUGCUGCGGUUGAUCGACGACUCGCGAUUUUCGGAAUUCAAGCCGGAAUACGGACGCAAUCUGAUCACGGGAAACACCCCCCUGCUCUUCCUCCACAACGUCACUGGCUUCAUGGUCGGCGCAAAAGCCGAACACGCCGGCAUCAUCCGCGCCGGCGCGCAGCUUGUGGCCGCCGUCUCCACCUCGACCGUCCCGCACAUCUCCGUCAUCUUAGGCGCCUCCUACGGCGCCGGAAACUACGCCAUGUGCGGCCGGGCCUACGGGCCCCGGUUCCUGUUCACCUGGCCCAGCGGCCGGUGCAGUGUGAUGGGCCCUGAGCAGCUGUCCGGCGUGAUGGAGAGCGUGCAGCGGAGCAGCGCAGCAGCCAAGGGGAAGGUGCUGUCGCCGGAGGAGCUUCGGGCGCGGGUGGAGCGGUUUCGGGCGGCUGUGCAAACCGAUGCGGAGUGUUAUGCGACGAGUGGGGGACUAGUGGACGACGGAAUAAUUGAUCCCCGUGAUACCAGGGAUGUGGUGGGAAUGUGUCUGGAGGUUGUGGUCAGCGUUGGGAUAAGAGGCGCCGAGGGCCAUCGAAUGACCGUAUCCCAAAGCCCAAUCUCGCAAAAUGCCUCCCCCUCGCGGCCCCCACUCUACGUGGCUUCGCCUCCCCUCGACACGACCACCGGCCGCCCGAUCAUCCAACGCAUUUUAAUCGCCAAUCGUGGAGAAAUCGCCGUACGCAUCAUCCAAACCUGCCGCAAACUCAACAUCAGCACCGUCCCCGUCUACGUUACAGAGGACUCCUCAUCCCGCCACAUUCGCGAAGCAGACAUCGCCAUCUGUCUGGGCUCCCUGAGCCGCACUACCGACGACUACCCCGAGCAAGAAGCAAACGAUCCAGGCAACCCCUUCCUCAACAUCCCCCUCCUCAUUCGCACUGCCCUCUCGACCCAGUCUCACGCCAUCCACCCAGGAUAUGGCUUCCUCAGUGAGAACGCAUCCUUCGCAACCGCUGUGCGCGCCGCCGGCCUGAUCUUUCUCGGGCCAAGCACUACCGCACUCACCUCGCUUGGCGACAAACGUGCAGCCAAGACUUACCUGCGCACACACGCGCCCGCCGUUCCCUUGAUACCCGGCUUCGUCGGCACCAGCCAGACUCCGGCUGACCUGAUCACCGCCGCGACGGAGAUCGGGUUCCCGGUGAUUCUGAAAGCCUCCGCCGGCGGCGGGGGAAAGGGAAUGCGGAUUGUCCAUGAGCCUUCACGAUUGGAAGGGGAGCUAGAGAGAGCGCAAUCCGAAGCGGAGCGGGCCUUCGGGCAAAACGACUGUAUUUUGGAGAAGUUUAUCGCAGCCGCCAAGCAUAUUGAAAUCCAGAUUGUCGGGGACGAGCACGGGACGAUCAUUGCAUUUGGAGAGCGGGAUUGCUCCGUGCAGAGGCGGCAUCAGAAGGUCGUGGAGGAGACGCCGUGUGGAGUUCUGACGGAUGGCAUGCGGCGAGAGAUGUGUGACACUGCGGUCAGGAUCGGAGAGUUGAUUCAAUAUGCCGGAGCGGGCACGGUGGAGUUUGUGGUGGAUGUGCAGACGCGCCGGUUUUACUUUCUGGAGGUGAAUGCCAGAUUGCAGGUGGAGCAUCCGAUCACGGAGGAGGUGAUGGGGUGGGAUUUAGUGGCGUUGCAGGUUUAUGUCGCAGCGGGCGGCCAGCUGAAGGAUUUGCCGGGGUUGGAGGGGGGAGGCUUGAAAGCCCCGGCGCAAGGCCAUGCGAUUGAGUGUCGCCUUUGGGCCGAGGUGUCGAUUAACUUCGACUCGAUGAUUGCGAAAAUUGUUAUCUGGGCGCCAACGCGUGCGCUGGCGAUUGAGAAAAUGAGUGGUGUACUGGCCCAGACGGCUUGUGUUGGGGUCAAGACGAACCAGCUCUUCCUGCAGCGCUGUCUUCUGAGUCCCGAGUUCCGGAAACCGACGUAUACGACUGCAUUCAUUUCGUCACAUUUGGAGCAGCUGUUGCAGUUUCCGGAGGUGCCGCUGCAGGAGAGUCUGCCCCUGAUUCCCAGCCUGGUGAUCCGGAAUUUGGCAGAAACAGGAAAUACUUGUGGCCGGCCAUUCCAGCACAUCCGCAGGCAAUUCCGGAACCAGCCCUGCGAUCCUGUCAACAUCCACUGUGACAUUGUCACGACCAUCACCGGUCCGCAGGCUGGGACAUCAAGCAUUUGUGUCUGGGAUCCACCGGCAGCAGGACAGUCUCCCAAUUUGAAACAUGUGCGACUCUUACCUGUGCCAGCUGAGACGGAACCCGGCUCUGCCGCCGCUCACUACAACACCAUCAGCAACACUCUCCGCGGCGGUUCCAUCAAAGCCGUUACCCCAAGAACCAUGUGUAUUGAUUCAUUGCAACCCACAGAGGCCUUUUCGAAUCCAUCCAGUCUUCCCAGCACCUUCACCAUCAAAGUAUCAGUCGACGGGCGCAGAAUCGGUGCCCACGUCGCCAUUCCUUCCCUUGGCAUAGCCACAGGAAUGGCCGACCGUCCUCAAAGGGUCUACUGCCACUUUCCAUCUCUUGGGACAUACAUGGAAUUCCAGCGGGACAGUCCGCUCUUGUUCGCGGAGAGUCGAAGGCGGGAUGCAACAACCGAAGAGGCGGGGAAACGCACGGUCACUGCGCCCAUGCCGUGUAAGAUUUUGUCCAUCGAGACGAAGAAUGGGGACUUGGUGAAGGCAGGGCAGGUGGUCAUGGUGAUUGAGAGUAUGAAAAUGGAGUUGAGUAUCUCCGUGGCGGUGGAAGGGUCGUUUCAGACAGAGUGGCGGAAGGGAGAUGCGGUAGAGGAGGGAAGGGUGCUUUGUUCGGUUGUCUAG